AUGGACGUUUGCGCCAGUCAAGCUGCUGGCGCUGGCGCCAACGCCGAGCAGGCUCAGGCUGGACAGGCAACCCCCACUGAAGUGAAUAUCGCGGUGGAAAAUGCUCGAGAUCUAUCCGAGAUUCGAUUCGAUCGACUUCUGUCACAGUUUGAACGAUGUAUUACUUUCAAUGCUCCCGUCCUCGAAUCACUCCUCCUCCAGCUUCCUACCGACUCUAUCUUCAAGCUCUACCAAACCUCCCACUACCUCCGCACGUUUUUUCGAUCCUAUCCGACCGCAUGGAAGUCCCUCUCCUUUCGUUUGCUGUAUCCUUCAACGCCGUCAACGCUACCCCAGCUCAUCCCGCCAGCAACGUCAGAUCGCGAGGCGCAAGUCUCACCUGAGCGACAAUCCCGACCGUAUGCCUUGGAUCAGCUGCUGAUGAACGUGCUGGCUCCCUUCACGACUUGCCUCAGGAGCCUGGAAUUGGAUAACACGGCUGUAUCGGGGCAGAUUCUCGUCUCGACGGUGAUGCACGCGCGCUGUGAGACCCUGGAGCAUCUUUCGAUUCGCGGGUGCAAACAUGUCUCUCUCAAAUAUCACAUUGUUCCAUAUCUGAACCUGCUUGGACUACAGCAGGAUGUCGACAAAGCGACGAGUUUCGGCUCUUUCCAACCCAGGAAGCGCCUGGCGCUUAAAAGUCUGUACGCAUACCGGUCACGUCACCAUCGCCGACGACCUUAUCUCGCUUCGUCAAUAUUUCGCAAAGACUCCGACGCUGAACCGACCCACGAGCUCGUUAACCUCUGCCACAAGCUGGGAAUUUGGACCGAUACAGCCUGGUGUACAACACCUGCCGGCAGGUGUUUCCGCAGGCGCGGGUAUGUUGCGAUGCGAGACCCGCAGGGUAUGACAGAAGCCUGGGUUGCGUUCGAUCGACUUUGGCGGUGCAAGAAUUGGAUUGGACCGUAUAAUGGCGACGGCGAACCAUGGGAAACCCGCAGCGGUAGGCUCUGGGAAAGCGAGGACACUGGCUGUUUCGGCGAAGCUUUGGGUAGCGGCGAAGGUCCCGAGGCCGGCGAGGGCAAAAUGGUACCCGCCCAUCUUCGCCGCAGCCAUAGGCAGUUUGUCCACGAUGUCAAGUGCGAUAACUGUGGUGACGAGAUUCAAGAAAGAUGUGAGCAGUGCAGCAUUUUGAUGCAUUGUGUGGGAUGUCGCAAGACGCUCUGCGCCAGCUGUGCCUAUGAGCGACCAUAUCUUCGACAGGAAGCCUUAUUUAUGUCCUCGAACAAUACUCAUAAUACCAGCGCUCAUUCGCACUCUACUGCCCAAGCCCAUCACAGCACAAAUACAUCAGACCCUUUAUGGUGGGCACCCGGGGCUGUACACUCUCCCAGCUCGAUGGAAGAUCCCAUAUCAAAUUCACUCGAUGGCAACCCUUUACACGGACUCCCACGCACGCCGGACCCCGUGCUUAGAUUUCACUGGUGUUGUGCUGAACCCUACUUUUCUGGAGGAGGCGGCAUCAGUAUUGGCACACCCAGUCGUGAUGUAGACCAAGUGCGGGCAGUACCUUUACCUCGGAAUCAGGGCUGGGAAGAUCUAGAGUACACCGUCAGCGAGUGGAGCAAGACAUUCCCAAAGUAUGCCUAUGGCGAUCCCAGCAAGCCGGACUAUACACUGGAAACAGGUCAUCUUGCGAUGAUGAAAUGGCUGCUGGGGCCACCCGGCGAAAAACUUCGCCUUGCCCUCGCAAUCUUUGCCAAGAAUGCUACGACUCUCCUCAGUGGAAGUUGCUCCAAGCCCCUCUGCAUCGAACACGACCUGCGUGGGCUUCGAUUGCGCAUCUGUGGUUACAAGGAACUUGGAUAUGAGAAGCUGACCAUCCAAAAUCGAUCGACAGUCGCUGCUGCUGCUUCGUCAUCUGAUGCCCGGCCGAGCCAGCCCAUGCCAACUAGUCAUGAUCUGCCUUUCCGGACGCAACGUCUAAUGGAUUCAACCAACAGCAGCUACAUUGACGGCCCACCGGGCGACGCGCUCGGUGACGAAGACCUCUUCGAAGCGCCGAACGAUCACGGAUCAACUCGCCCUUUCUUUCCACGAACUCCCACUCGCUCAUUCUCUGCCCCACCAUCUAGUAAUUCCGGAUGCUCUUCCCCGUCAACCAGCUCUUUUGAGUCCACAAUCGAGGGGUCACGCUGGCAAGGUUGUCAGUCCUUCUUUUGUCCCAAGAUCCGUGCGGCUGGAGACCGUCGCCAGAGUUGCCCUAGCUAUCUUCGCCAAUGCAAAGAAUGCGCUGUCUUCGUUUGCCAGGACUGCGUCCUGGCCAACCCGCCCUGCAAGUGUGCCUACUGCCAGGAUAACUACAAGUGUCCAAAUUGCGUGUUGAAAAACACCAACCCCGGCGGGCCCUGUCGCCGUCAAGAGGAUGAAAAGGCACGGAAGGAGCGGAAAUGGAAAAAGGAUAUGCAGGAGCUGGAGAAGAUCCUCCAACUCAAGUUGGCCAAUGAAGUUGCCGAGUUCGCAGGUCAAUUUUUCUACUCUCUCGAACUUGACCAUGACCACGUCCAUGCUCCCGCAGUCCCCGUCGAAGUUCCGAUCAACCAUUCCCUGGCCGAUGGGCCUUCUGUCACGACCGCCUCUCAGAGAGUUCCCUCCGGACUGACCGAUAUGACGAUGGCGAUGGAGCCUGGUCUGUUCAUCGAUCCGGAAGACAUGCCUCCGCUUUGUGAGUCGGAGUAG